AUGAGUCGCAAAUCCGUGCUUAUCACAGGUUGUAGUGAAGGUGGCAUCGGCGCCGCCUUAGCUUUAGAGUUCCAUGCUCAAGGAUGUCAGGUAUUCGCAACGGCUCGCGAUGUGAAUAAGAUGCAAUCACUAUCCGAACGAGGCAUCGAAACUCUCGCUCUUGAUGUUAACUCAGACGUAUCUAUUUCUGCCGCUUUUAACACCGUGCAAAAAGCUACCGACGGUACUCUCAAUUACCUUAUCAACAAUGCUGGUAUAAACCAUGUGAUGCCCUUCACCGACGCCAAGGUUGACGAUCUCAGACGCGUUGUCAACACCAACAUCGUGGGCGUAUUGGCCGUUACACAUACUUUCCUCCCGCUACUUAUCCAGGCUCAAGGCACCGUAGCGACUGUUGGAAGUGUUAACGAGGUUUUCUGCCCACCGUACCAAGUUGCCUACAGCGCAUCUAAGGCGGCCGUGCACGCUAUUUCACGGACCCUUCGCGUCGAACUUGCCCCGCUAGGCGUCAAAUUCGUUACGCUGAUGACAGGUAGCGUCAGGUCCAAGUUAUUCGAUAACGCGCCGACGAAAAUUCCUGAAGGCAGUCUAUACCGCGCUGCGGCGGGCAAUGUAGAAAAUCGCGAGUUCCUCAAGAAGGCGCCGUGCACCGAGACAGAAGUGUUCGCAAAGCAGGUAGUUAGCGAUUUAUUACGGCCGAAACAGAAGCUGAAUAUAUGGCACGGCGGCAUGUCGACAUUUGCUUGGGUCUUAACCUGGUUUGGAUGGGAAGGUAUAUUGGAUUCCACUUUAAUUAAGGGUAAUGGACUCGAUAAGGUACAUCGAUGA